ACUCAGGUGGGCCGCAGUGAGGACCACUCGCAGCUCGUGUAGCUGAAGGACUGGGCCGAGACAGGGACGGUACAGUCUCUGUUUGAUUUCCCUUUUGGAAGAGGCAUUUAACUGUCUCCAAGAAGUGGCGCACGUUGUCGAGAGUGCGCCGCGCCUCCGCCAUUGUUGGUGGGGGGAGGGGAGAUUCCGAUAUUUCCAAUAGGAGGUGCUGACUGGCCGGAUUUGAGGAAUGGCUGCUGAGUGGCCCGCGAGAUGGGGAACGUGAUUUGCUGGAUAUUAUCGGGUGCGAUUAAGUGGAACGAGCAGCCGUGAGGAGGCGGCGGGGAGAUAGCGCUCACUGAUCGAAAUCGGGUGGACCCCGCGAGCGCGUCCGGACAAGAUGGGUGCGCGCUCGCGGAAACGGCGCCAGGAGUAGAGCCGCGUUUUACAGGAUGUUCCCCUUCCGGCAGGUCCACGCUGGCUGAGACAGGGGAACAAGAUCCUUUCAAAGACCUCUGUGUUCUAGACGCUACCAAACUGGCAGCCCCGGCGAGCAUCAACAUGUCAACCACCGUGCACCUCGUGGAGCGCUACGGGCUAACUCCCAUCCUGCGGCCCAAAGUGCACUCGACCAAGGAUCUUGCAGAGAAGAGCAGCAAUACCAACACCCCGGUCGUAGAGGAAGAAGAUCAUCAUGGCUCCACCAACAAGCUGGCGGUAGUACAGAGCGAGGAUGAGGUGCCGGUGAGGACCCGCAGCGGCCCCACGCCCGACAACAGCAAGGACCCGCGGCGCAACUCGGGGCUCAACAGCAUCACACCCGUCUCCCAUUCCCGGUCCAUGGCCAUGCUGCAAGAGAUUGACUUAGACUCUUUCAGCCCCAAGGCGUACGAAGAUGGCGGCGGGGAGUGGGACCACAAAAACUGCUGCGACCGGAUCGUCAUCAAUAUCUCUGGGCUCCGGUUCGAAACCCAGGUGCGAACACUGGCCCAGUUUCCUAACACCCUCCUGGGCAACCCACAGAAGAGACUGCGCUAUUACGACCCCCUGCGCAACGAGUACUUCUUUGAUAGGCACCGGCUUAGCUUCCAAGCCAUCCUCCAUUUCUAUCAAAGCGGGGGCCGUCUUAGGAGACCUGCCGACGUGCCCACGGAUAUUUUCACGGAAGAGAUCAAAUUUUUUGAGUUGGGGGAGGAUGUCAUAGAAGCUUUUAUGGAAGAGGAAGGAUUUGUAAAGGAGCCGGAGGAAGAACUUCCGACAAACAAAGUCAUGAAAGCAAUCUGGGUCGCGUUCGAACACCCUGACACGUCCUUCAUAGCCAGGGUUAUAGCCAUUGUGUCUGUAAGUGUAAUCAUGGUGUCAAUAAUCACGUUCUGUCUAGAAACUAUGCCACAGUUCAAAAGGAUGCAAGAAGUGACAGUGGGCAACAAAACUGUAAAGAUAGAAGCCGAAGUGCCAGGUCCAACAGACCCCUUCUUUCUCAUCGAGACGUCGUGCAUCGUGUGGUUUACGUUCGAACUCAUCAUUAGGUUCAUCUGUUCCCCAAGCAAGUGGGAGUUUUGCAAGAACUUCAUGAACAUCAUUGAUCUUGUUUCCAUCGUGCCGUAUUUCAUCACCUUGGCCGCCGUAGUGGCCAAAUCCGAGGGGUCCAAAAAUCGAUCCUCCUCCUUAGCUGUACUGAGGAUAAUUCGGCUGGUGCGAGUUUUUCGCAUCUUUAAACUUUCACGUCACUCUAAAGGACUGCAGAUCCUCGGACUAACCCUUAAGGCUAGCAUGCGAGAAUUGGGACUCUUGGUCUUCUUCGUCUUCAUAGGAGUCAUUCUGUUCUCGAGUGCAAUCUACUUCGGCGAGACAGACUACAAGGAAACCCAUUUCUCCAGUAUCCCCGAGGCAUUUUGGUGGGCUUUAGUGACAAUGACCACUGUAGGGUAUGGCGACAUGUACCCACAGACCGUGGGCGGCAAGUUGGUGGGGUCGCUGUGUGCCAUAGCCGGCGUACUGACUAUCGCAUUGCCGGUACCUGUUAUCGUCUCCAACUUCAACUACUUUUACAACCGCGAGACUGCGGCAGAGAACGCCACCGAUGAAGAAGAAUUCAGACAUGUGGACCAGAUCUGUCCGUACGUCCCACCAUCGGACAACAAGAAGAAGCUGAGCAACAGUGAUGGCACCGGGAACUCGAUGGAUUACAUCGACACUGAGGAAGGGUGGAUGUCGAACGAUCCCUCAAGGGAAAGAUUGACAAAGUGCCUGAACUCUGACACUCCCAGCUAUGCCAAACUGAACAGGUUAAACACGGACGUUUAGGUGAGCCCAGGCACUUUCCUAUAAGACACAAUAACUAUAACGAGAGCUAUAAUAACUUAGGAAGUUAGAUAAACAAUGGAUACAAAAAUAUCGCAUGAUCUCUACUACUGAUGCAUGUUUGUUGUUACUGCCAGCACAAGGCAACACCUCAUCAUGAGUUGAUCAUCUAUGCAAAACAUGAAACCCAGACCUUAAAGCAAAUGCAAUAUUUAUCCACAUAUCACAUUGAAUUCAAAGGCCACGUAAUAAAUAAUCAGUGGUAUUUCUUUUAUAAUAAACAAUUUUGCUGUGCUUUAUCAUUUUCUUUGCAUGCCGUGAUAUUAUCAUAGUAUGUCACUGGGUGUAUUUUGUAUGAGAAUGGUAACCGCCUAGCAUUUUGCUUGGCAAAACAAGUGCAUGAUGCCAAAAUCAAGGAGAAGGCUCUAUAUAUGUCGAAAACCCUGCCGGGCCUCGAUUCAGUUCAUUACCGAGCCCGUUGAGUAGGGAAUCAGUUGGGGGGCCACAAUAGGCUAUGAAGGACGUGUCAGGUUGUUCUCAAGAUGAUAGGACAUGGGUUACAGGGGAAACUUAACUAAACAAAAUGAUAUCUACUCAACCAGGGAAGUUUACCAGUGAUGCAUACGCAGUAGCAUGCAGUGACGCAUGUACGGUGUGCCCGAAGGUGUAUGCAUUUUUUUCCUGAUUGGUUGAGGCUAGAAAAGACAGGUGGCAUGCUCUGCACCCCUCAUUGGUUCGGCUUUGCAUGAAGAAUUUCUCCCUUUAGGUCAUUUCACGCACAGCACGUUUGAUUCUAUGCAAAUAGCUUUAAUUGACAAGUCUAUCAAGUGAAAUCAUGGCGACAUACGCGCAUGUUCACGGAACAAGAAAAGUAUUUUGGUACUGCCAAAAUCACGUUGUUCUUUUCAGUUCUCAGGGCCUUUGAAAAUGAUGUCAUGUGUAGGACGUUUGAGGUGUGGCUGAAAAUGCUUUCUUUUCUGAAGAAAGCAGGACGCCACACGAAAGUACAGGUCCCCGUGAGUCACUCCGACAUGACAAGCUGGGCGAAAUCAGUCCAGCGCUGACAUUUUCUUUUCCCUUAUGUUCCAUCAUAAGGCAUGAUCAACUGAUUUGUAAGGGAACCUACAAAAACGUUCGAAAAAAAGCACACAACGUUGAGCACCGUCAACAAUUUGUCCCCCAAAAUCUCGGUGCUUGUAAAUAUAGAUAAGUGAGGAAAAAAGCGAGGAGGAUCGAUUUUUGGACUAUAUGAGAGUUUUUAUCGACGUAGAAAUUGUAUUAACGACAUGUUUACUAAUUAAGACAGGCAGUGAAGAUAUAUACAUAUAUAGUGAUCUUGCAUAUAUACAAAUAUCAACAGGAAACCAUGAGAAUUUCUAAUGUAAAACAUGGAUAGCUCUGUGUGACCCCAACCCGCCACAUUACCUCCACAGCUCCCAGGCAUUAUUCAUAUCUGCUCACGUGACCUGCACCAGAAUAACCUACUAUUCCCGUACGGUCUGCAGUCACGUGUGAGCCUCUAUCUUUGUUCGACAGAAGAACUGGGAUUUCCUGACUAUAUCACCGCAAUACGCCAUGCUCGAGCGCUGCACUUUUGUCCUAAAUAUUCAUGAAGCAGUUACAGUGAGAAUGCAUGACGCAAGACCGAUAUUAUUCAGGCACCACCCAUUUUGUGCCCCUCCAAAAGAUCAAAUAUGCAGACGGCGUCUUUAAAAAAAGACCUGCUCUAUCUUAAUUGAGUGAUGAUAGCUUUAUUCCGGGUCCAAAUUAUUUUAGGACCUCAUUUCCCUUUUCGCGGAGUCUAUGUGCUACAUAUUACUUAACUUAAACGGAUUAUCUAUUUCUGUGCCCUAUGCAAGAGAAAUAUUCUAUGAAGAUCUUCGCAAAAGCUCAAUGAUAAUACGUAUGCAUCCAGAAGUCGUUUUCUAUUCGUAAGCUGUGAUUAGGAAUGGAUACGUAUGCAUUCUUACAUACGUGAAAUUUCUUUAAAAUAGGGUUGGGAAUAGGGCUACCACCUCUACAUGUAACUAUCGAGACUUUCUGGUAAACAAGCAUCACACGCCCCUUAACAUUAGGAUCCUCAGACGAAGCGAGGAAGAGGCCAUUGCCGAUUCUCAAAAGGGCAUUUAUAUAAAUAUCCAUCCACUUUCACGAUGACGUAAGGAUCACAGUACAAACACAUUAUGCACGUAGAACAAGACAUGUCUGGUAGGAAAUUGUGUCGUGCGUUCUCACUGGACUGAUCGACCUUGCGCCGCGGCAGUCUUGCUGGCCACAAAAAAACGAAUUGCCUUGGUUGCGGCCCUGUGUACCAUCUGUCAAUAAGAUUGGUGAGCGCGCGGUACGGAAUAUCAAGAAGGCAGAGAACGUAGCUUCAUGGCGUACCUGUGCAAAAAUCAAUGCACCGGAGAAGAAGAAUAGCACCGCAAAGCCUUUAGUUUUGUCAGAAUAUCAAUUAGAUACGCAUCUAUGUCGACUGCAAUCAUGUAUUACCAUUCAUGCUCAAAUGCUUUCCUUUCAUUGCGGUCACGUGUAGCUGCAGGUGAACUGACGCUUUGUAUGUUUGGAUUUUGUGUGUUUGGAUUUCUUUUUAAUUUUCAAUACUUUCCCAGAAUCUGAAAGAUGCAUUUUUAAACAUAGACACUGCAUUAAUUUUUCCUGUCAUUUUUUUUACUAUCGUAUCGUGACACUUUUUUUAUGAAACUGAAUCACGAGGUCUCAAAGUAUGAAAGUCUUUGUUAGAAAUGAGCUUUUUUGUUGUUGCUGUCCCAAUCUUUGAUCGUUUUAUCGCCCCUUCAAAGCAUAUCUAGCAUACCAUAUUUGACAUAUGACCAGUCGGUGAUUACAAUUAGACCAUUGUAGUUGGACCACGUUUGUCAGAAGCAAUGAGACCGUUACCAGCGGGCCCGUUUCCAUUACCAAUUCAAUUGGACUCCGGGACGGACACUCAAUCACCCGGAGCACCGGCAAACUAUUCCAAGUGCUGCCAUCGGUGUCGUAACGGAUGUUUUAAUCAGUCUCUUACCUCCUUGUUUCCACUGGAGAUCGCUUGAUUCGAAUGAUAGUCUUGGCGCCGUGCCACCCAAGGUCGCUGCGCUGGAUCCUGCCACUAGAAAUCUUUAUUACGCGAGAUUAAGAUGAUGGAAGUGGCUGAUUCUCGACUUGACAUUCAAUCACCAAGGGCUUCUGAAAAAUGGUGAAAUGCGUAAUAACUUUAUUCAGGCAUGGCGCCGUGAAAGUCUACCGUCACAUCGCGAUGAAAAUUUGUAUUGACGUGUAGAUUUGCAAGGUAUCACGCAAAAGUGCUGUUACUAACAAUUACAAAUUGGAGCUAUCAUAUGUUGUAGCAACAAAAAUUUGCAAAGCGAAGACAUAAAAGAGUUAAAAGCUAUUUAUGGCCCUAAAUCCACAGACUUUGACAAAAUCUCUGCUUCUCCAAAUUGAAACGUCUUCACUUCAAUGUAAAUGCAGCAGUGCGCAUGUUUGAUUUCGAGAAUGGGAAAAUAACCCGAUACUGGAAAAUCUGACAAAUCAAAUUCAUUAAAUGUCCCCCAUAACUAUUCAGUACGCGGUACACCACGUAUAGAUUGUAUUUCGGUUUUCAUAUUACAGUUUGAAUAUCAUCAUCAUGGCCCAAUAUUCAGACGGUAUCAUAUUAAGGCUGCUGUGGGUGGAUUAUUAUUUUGACAAGGUGAACGUCCUCAUCUAAAUAGAUACAUCAAAAUUUUAUAGGAGCAGAGGUGAGGCAACUGAAGUCCCCGAUAUGCUUUUUAUUUCAUUAUUUAAUCGAGGCGCAGCAAAACUGCCGUGGCUUUAAAAAACACGUAUACUAUGUAUACUGCACACAGGAAAUCCCAGGUGAACGUCGAAAUAAUCGACAAACUCAUAUAUCUGACCCCACAUUCCUAUCUCCUCUGAAUAUUCUGUUGGCCUCAAAUCGUAUACUCUAUCCUCCCUGUCUUAUGUUGACCUACAUGCGCAGGCGCCAGGCAUGUCCUGUUGAUUGAAGCAGUAGGUAAUGGUUGUCGGAUGACAGCCACACGCAAAUGUAGGCCUCACAAGACAGGAAUGGGUUAAAUGAUUCCCUUCCUUGCUCCACCGCCUAUAUCAAAUAUUCUGUAUCUUCUGGAAAUAUGUUUAACAGUUAAGGUAGACGAUUUGCUUAUUUCAUCAACAUAUCAAGGUUAAAACAGAAAAAAACACAAUCAAAUUGAGUUUUAGUGCCUUUCGAUCAUAAAGCACAUACUUGGAAAAUAGGCCCAUCUGACAACCUAUUGCUGACGCAUCUAGCUUUGCCUACCGGUCGAUCAGAUGGUAAUACGGAGGGCAGGGACGUGCUCUGCAUGCCGUGAUGGGAUUCUGACAUCGUGUAAUUUAUCAGGCUCUUGUUCAGAAGGCCCUGGUGCGCCAGCCGUGCCGCAAAAUCACAACUGCCGUGAUUUUUUACCCCCUUUUCCCAGCUUUAUUCUCAUCUGUGCAUUUUUUCCGACUUGAAGGCCUUUGCAUGUCAUUCCCAAUAGAUUAUAUAACCACGACGUGACAACACAAUUUCUCAUGUAUAUAUAAAAGACUACACCUUUAUUAGCGCAGUUAAGUAAUCUUAAGUCUAACGGCUAAAGGAAACUAUAUAAGGUAGAAUAGGAGUGCAUGCACACGACGAUCGGAAAACAAAGUCCUUUGAAUUAAGAAUCCAUGUACUACCAGAAAUACCUUAAGGAGCCAAAUAUAUUAUAAGAAAUACAGGUAAUAAAUAAAUGUAAUAAGUACAUCGCACAAAGAAACUGAUGAAUCAAAAUUGUACAUAUACUAGCAAUAGAUAUUUAUACCUUCCAGCCUAUCCAGAGGCUUGCAAUACAAUAGUAUAAGGAAUGUCUGCACUACUGGAACCACGUUCACGUAACGGAUGCAUGAUAACUGUCGAUACGGUCACCUUCCAUAUCCCAUGUGUACUCAUCAGAUUGGUAAUGGUGUUAUGUAUUGAGUAAGUAGUCCCUACUGGAAAGUACAUAUCAGCUGUGGCCGCAGCAUGAUCGUUUUUCGCGGAGACGUCUUCGCUCAUUUACAUAUCGAUCUUCCCUUUUCACAGCCUUCGCCAUUUUGGGCGGCCUGUAUCACACUGUAAGUAGAUUAAGAACAGACCUGCGGGUUCAGUGUACACGUAUAUUCAACACACAGCUAGGAAAGAUCACUAUUAAAGUAAGUCUUCCCUGAUUACAUUUCCAGUAAUAUCUAAGGUCUAAGGCGCUAACGAUGUUUGCAUGUUGUUUAUCAGAUCUCUCUCAGAAGCUACCUGAUAAAAUGUAACGACCUACGGGCUUUGCUGCAUUGCAGUACCUAACUCUGUCAAAUCGAAAAAUCGAAGAUGGAAAUAAAG